GCAAAUGCUGUUGACAACGGAGGAGCGCACUUCGAAUACGAUCAAGCAACAGAGCAACAACUUGUGUCGGGACUCGUGCUUCCUGGCUACCCCUAACAUCGUCAUAUUCCAACAGUUCUCCCCUGGGAAUAGGUAUUGCGUGAAACUUACUUUGAAAAAUAUCACGACGUUGCCCCAAUACCUGAAGAUGACGCACACCAAAGAUCAGUGGUUCACCGUCGAGGUUAGAGACAUUGCGAGCUGGAAAGGAAGCAAAUUAGCUCCAGGAAUGAGCGUCGUCUACGAUGUCAACUUCUUUCCGGAUGAGAGACGGGAUUACAAGUUCUUUGCAGUCUUCGCAAUGCUUGUCGAAACUUUCGUGGUCCCGAUAUUAGGUAACCCGAGCUGAUCGAGAGCAUCAAGAGUCACAGGUUUCAAAGUCCUUUCUCAAUUCACCCGAGGAGAGGGGUGCUUGCCGAAGGAGAGACUAUGCAGAUGUCCGUCAACUUUCUGUCUAACAAAAAAGGGUGUUUCAGUGAGCAGCUUUCGAUUACGUUCGAAACCGGUAUGGGACAUUAAUUACUAUAACUAUUUUACGUAGGUAUAUUCGUCCCUUUUCCUAGCAGAGAAAAAUUGUCUAUGUUCUUAAUGAAACCGUAAGAAAAAAAAUCGAACGAAUAAAAUUGAUGUGCCCAAAUCUGUUAAGGUGAAGUUAUCAGCCUGGAGCUGCGUGGAAGCGCGGACACUUGUGUAGCGGCGCUCGAAAGAACAAGUAUAGGGUUCGAGGACACGUACCUAGGACUGACGAGAUCCACGAUGUUCAAGAUUUACAACAGAAGCGAUUUCAUAAUGUAUUUCCGCUGGGUUCUCGACGAGGACGAUAGACGUGAAAAAGCUGGUUGUGAUAUGUAACGUAUACGUAUGCUUUUUGAAUCAUCGACGAUUACUCUUGCCGAUAUACCUGUAUAUUCAUCUCUGUCAUCUCAUCGCGCCCAGUGACAGGCGAUUUUUCGAUAUGAUGAAGAACGCUGAGGAAUUAUGCGGAAUUGAUUUGGAAGACGACGAUACCUCCGUUCCUCCAGUUCACGAAUCUUCAGGGCAACGAUUCUACGCUGACGAACAAUCGUCGCUGUCGAAUACCGGUAGCAACUCCUUCCGCCAUCCCAAUUUCAAAUUAAUACCAACAGUGAGUGGAAGUAUGUUACAAAAUUAGAACAUACCAUUAACCAUCGUUGACAAUCGUACGUUAAGGGAGGUGUAAUAUGGCCACACAGUGAAGUUUCGGUCACGCUAGUUUUCGAACCGGAUAAAGUUG